CGCACCUCCGGGGACCUGGCUGAUUUCAUGACCGCUUGUGGAGACACGAUGGCGUUACUGUAUGGCUGCUGGCCAUGGACGAUCCCACAUCGACUACGAUCUAGCAGACAGCUUCGGAGAACGGGCCGCAAGCGGGCGUCGUGUAUCGGUGCUGUUUGUCAAGGGGAAUGCAGAGAUGCACGACGAGUAUGGUAUCAUCGCUGGGGGUGUGGCGGUCAUCGUCGCCGUCGAUAUAUGGAGAUGCAGAUGAGAUUCGGGAGAGAUUGAAGCCUGUCGGCGGGAUCUGGUCUCGAUCAAUGAGCGUCGGCGGCAGUGGCCAUACGAGGAAAUGUGCGUCCGCGAGUGUGAUCAGUGCGGGAUGGAGAUGCGAGUACGCAGUCAGGCUACGCUGGACUGGCGAUAUGGGCGAGGUAGGCGGAGGACCUUUGUUUGCAUUCAGCAAUUGCGAUGUGCGGAGAGGCGUUUUUGGAGGUAUGGAUGGACGGCACGAACGAGGAGCAAUGCCUGAACGGGACAGAUGGCGGGGGAUUGUGGCGUGGGAAAGCUGAAGCAACUCCCGGCACUGUGCAUGUGCUGCCAGUGCUGCUGCUUGGAGUCGGAGAGCGGGCUUAGGUUCCUUUCUCUGCUGCUUUGCAUCUUCAUCCGCCGCCGGGCACUCGGGACCGUCGCCUGCGAUUUUCUGGACGUCGGCGAGCAUCGAUCUCUGCAUUGAUCGACCUCGGUCCGGCCAUUGUCGGGCCUUCAGCUCGAGUCUGCACUCGGCGGGUUCUCUCUCGGAUACUCUGCCUCCAUUCCGCUGGCUCUCUGCCCGACUACCACCUUUUGGACCUUCUCAGAUAUAUAACCAUUGCAUUUCCUCCGCCCUGCCCGUUUAACAGCCUGCGGUCAACUGUGCACGUUCGACAGCCGCCGUGAGCUGUGUACGAGCAGCCUUGCAGCACUUCAUUCAAACUCACUCUAGUCUCCUUUCAUACCGUGACUGCAUCAUGUCUUCUCGCGCAAGGUCGUUCCCAUUGUCUAAGACACCUCCCACGCCCUCUCCGCUUUCCUCCCACUUGUCUUCAGAUUCCACCGCGGCGUCUACCGUCAAGGUCCCGUCUCCUCUCAACCCUGCUGCCCCGUCCCCCAAGCCUCCGUCUCAACCCCCCGCCGAUGUCUCAUUCUCCAACCCUUUCAAGUCUCCUGCUACGACCUCUCAAUCGGCAUCUAAUCAGUCCGUUCGCUCUCGAGGCGCAUCCGUCUCCACCAUCCGCCCACCUGCCAUCCCGCUUGGGCGCGUAGUUUCUAAUCCCAUACCCACAUCCUCCUCAUCCUCGACCACCACUCUCGCUCCCGGAGACUCAGAUUUUCGCGAAAGGAGCCGCGCUUCCUCUGUUCAACUUCGCGGGCGUUCCGCUAGUCCAUUUCGCGACUUGUCUUUCAUCUGGAGAUCUUCAGCCCAUGGCGACGAGGCGCCCACCCCGACCCAUGAACAGUCCACGAGCUGGUGGACGACCCGGGAGGUUGUCCCGAGACCCUGGAAGCAGAAGACGGUGCCUGUCGAACAGACAGACGGUUACAUACGCACGCGCAAUCGCGUCAUAGAGGCGGCCACGAACGUCCUCGGGACAACCGCUCUUGUCACGCACGAGCUCCUGGAGGUCAGCGUAGAUCUGCUCCGGUUUGCGCCCAUUAUAGGACUCGAAGAGGCUGCACGGAGUCUACUUAGCAUCUGGGAUGCCCUUCAAUUGGUCGAUAUCAAUCGACUUGCAUGUCUCCGCCUCACUGAACGCUGUGCGACUAUCCUCAUGUCUAUCCGGGAGGAAAUCGCGAACGCAGGGGACGAAGUCGGUAUUGAGUUGCAACCUCCGCUCACGCGCCUGGUCGAAUCGUUCCGCGAGGUUCACAUGUUCCUUAUCAAGACGUCCCAUCGCCCGUUUAUCAAACGUUACCUCCAGCGCGAUGAGAUCCAGCGCGCUCUCGGUGCCUGCCACAGUAGUCUGACCGAUGCCCUCGGCAUGUUCAACACUUCGAUCCAGAUCCGUAUUCUCAAGCAGGUGGUGGCCGCAGAGCGUCAACGUCAAGCCGACGCCGCCGCGCUCCUGGACUCGAUCAGCCACAACGUUCAGGGAUCGCAGCCGAUUACCAUAGAGCCCUCGCUGUAUCCACGCGCGAUCUCACCCGCUCCGACCAACCGCCUCCUGCUCACAAUAGAGCCUGAUACCACCGAGGGCCACGAUGACUCGGGCCACAUCCUCGCACAGCUCCAGGCAGUCACCGCGCGCCAGAACGAGCGCGACAUGGUCUAUGACACCGCCGACCUACGCCAGCUCAUGCGCACCGCGCUGCAGGCCAAUAAUGACGCGGAGAUGAUCCGUGUCCUCCAGGUUGGCCGUGAUGAGAUGCCCGAAGCUAUCAAGACGCUUCAGCGCGCCCUUGAGAAGGAAGUCGAACGCGAGAGCCUGGAGGAGGAGGCUGUUCUGGUGUCCGCGAACGUCGCGGCCGUCGAGGUCGCCGGGCCCCAGAUCGCCCAAUCGGACACCCUCGGCCUUACUCGGUCCGCGACGGUGCACAGUACGGGAAGCAGCGGCACGACGUCGAGCUCAGUCGCGAGCUCUGCAGGAAGGUCUUCCCGCGCACCGCGUGACACGCUUGACCGGGAGUUUAUAGAGACCGGGAUCGACGCGCUCCGGCGGCUGAGUGGCGCGGAGGUGACGCUGCCGAGCUGGACGAUUACCCGGUACGAGGUCGAGCGGGAUGAGAAGAUUGGCAUGGGCUUCUUCUCCGACGUGUACAGAGGCACGUGGAGGAACCAUGUUGUGGCAAUCAAGGUGCUCGCGCCGACGACGCCGAGGCAGCUCUUCGUGCAUGAGGUGUCGAUCUGGAAGACGCUCCAGCACCCGAACGUUUGCGAGCUUCUUGGCGCGUCCUCGGCAUCCAGCGACCCCCCUUGGUUCUUCGUUAGCCCUUACUACAAGAACGGCAGUCUCGUAACCUACCUGAAGGGGCUGCCGUCGCUAGACAGUGUCGACUUACUCAAGAUGGUUCACGAAAUCGCGAAAGGAAUGUCAUACCUCCACAGUCAAGGCGUCCUGCACGGAGAUCUCAAGGCCUCGAACGUGCUCGUCAAUGAUAAGCAUCACUGCAUCAUCUCUGACUUUGGUCAGAGCGAGAUGAAGUCGGAGGCGUACCGUGUAAGCGGGCUGCCCCUUCCCCACGGCACUCUACGCUGGCAGGCUCCGGAGCUUAUGUCAGCUCAAAGCGGGCUCACACAGCAGAUCGAUGUGUACGCGUUCGCAAUCACUGUCGUCGAGCUCCUCACCAAAGGAGCGCUUCCCUGGCCCAUGGCUGACGACGACGCCGUGAGGCACUUCGUCCUCCGCGAGAACAUGCGUCCAGAGCUGCCACUGCAGCGCGUCUGGUCUCAGCAGCUUUCGGAGGUUCUCCACUCAUGCUGGCAUCGUGACCCCACUAUGCGCCCGCCGUUCCUUAAGAUUGACAAAGACGUCCAGCGGCUGCGAGCACUUCAUGGCGCGGACUUAAAGGAGUCGCCCGUGUCGCGUCAUCUGGGGCUUGAACAGAUGAAGGCACGCAAGUCGCCGGAUAUGCAUCCCAUACCGCUCCCUCUACUCCCUGACGAAGUCACUGCCUCCUUUGUCGAGGUUGGAUCGGCCCCUUCGACGGACGUAUCGUUCAUGACCGCCAUGGAAGUCGAAUCUGUCACGGGGCACUCGCAGGAUUACCACGGUGACUAUCGCGAUCGCAAGGAUCCCGAGACAGACCUGAGCCGAACGAGCAGUCGCGCGUCCGUCCAAGACAGUCAAUCGUCAGAGCACAUAGAAUUCCCGCGACACGUCUCUCCCCCUCCUCCGGACGAGCACGCUCAAAACAUCCGCGAUGAGCGUCGGUACAGGAUGCUCCUCCAACACGAAUUCCACCCAUCGCUAACACUACCGCUGUGGACGCCGUCGCAGAUCCUUAUAGGUGCGGUCGGGUAUCACAGCAAGACGAAUUACGGCGAAUUCGUGACACUGUUCAAUUCGUUCGAGCCGGAAAAGUCGUCGAACGGCCGUGUGAAGAACAUACCAUCUCUGUAUGGUUACGGGCGCGUGAGCCAGGGCAGCCAGCGGCAGGAUAAGCGCAACGUUGCCCAGCGAGGCAUGGACAUGAUUCAGUCAUGGCUGGGCCCAAGAAAUCGCGCUGGAGAAGCAACCUAUUCUCGCCGCUACUCUGCCCCCUUGCGCUCUGGACACAAGGCUGCAAACCUGUUCACCGAGUCUACGGUGUAUCGGUACAUGGAAGACCUCGUAACACCUAAGAAGUGGUUCAAGGCUAACGCGGACACUAUCCUGGCGAUCUACGGGGAGGAGAACCGCAUAACGAAAGAAGACUUAUAUCUCGUCAUCGGCACGCUUGAGGCUCAGGACUACGCGCUCUUCGUCAGUCACGAGCAUCCCGAUGGCCAAGUCAACUUCAAUGUCUUCUCGGCGACGCGUAACGGUCGGCCUUGGGGCGAGUUCACGUUCUCGUUCGAUAUAUCGUCGUCUUUCCUUGGCGGGCCCAAGUACGAGGAGGAACCAGUCGGAGCUCCGCAAUACGCACGUAAGAUCUCUACGUCCGGCAAUAACGGUCGAUGGGACAGCGUGCUUCUGGCGCGACUGCGCUUCAAGCCCGACUCGACUGAGCCCACUUCGCUGUAGUCAUUAACCAUUACGCGCUGGCAUUCGCGUAGUAGUUGCCUCGCAUUCAUGCACUGUCGCCUGCAGGUUGUCGGUUCGCAUGGAUUGACAUGCAUCCGGUUUACACACGGACAAUUUGCUACACUUCACCGAUGCCCACCCACACAACCAUUGCACAGGUUAUUUUGCAUUCCUUGGCACCCUGUAAACUCACCGCAUUGUUUCUCAACCCACUGUAUAUUAGACACACGGAGAAUGGAGGACUGUAAUUUAUUGUAGCUUAAUG